AUGCCCACCAAAGUCCCCGCCCCGUCCGACUUCCCCUCCAACCUCACCGUCACGGUCAAUCCCCCGUCCUCCCCCUCUCCCUCUCCCUCUCCCUCCCAAAACAUCCUUAUUCUUCUUCAUGGCAUCGGCGACUCCGCCGCAGGCUUCUCUGCCUUCGGCCGCGCGCUCAACCUCCCCGAGACAACAGUCGUAACCAUGCAAGCACCAACACCCCUCCCAUUCGACCUAGGCGGAUACCACUGGGGCAAUGAUGUUGAAUUCGACGCCAGAACCGGAUCCCUGGACAUGGACGCCGGGUUCACGCGCAGCACGACGAUAUUAGUCGAGGUUGUGCGGGGGACCCUAGUCCAAAAAUGCGGAUAUCGUCUGCGCGAGAUUCUCAUCCUGGGCUUUGGGCAGGGUGGUAUGGUGGGUCUGGCCUUGGCAAGAGAACUCGGUCUGUCGUCUGCGGCUGCUAGUAGUGAGGAUAAGGAGCCGUUGGCGGGAGUGAUAUCCAUCGGGGCGCCAUACCCGUUAUCUGGGCAACGGACGGGUCCAAAGAACCGUACGCCGAUAUUGGUGGUCUCGGGGAAAGACUCGGUUGUUGUUUCGGAUGGUGCGGUGAAGAGGACGAAGGGAGUGUUUGAGUUUGUUGAAGUUAGCCGGUAUGCGAGGAAAGGCGAUGGCAUGCCCUCGAAUCGGGAUGAGAUGAUGCCUGUAAUGCAGUUCUUUGCGAGACGGUUGCGCAGUCGCCAAGGUGUGCCUGAAGGUAGUGUUGAGAUCGGAUGA